AUGGUUCGCCCGCAGGGUGCGCAGGCAGAGCCCCAGGGUCGUCAUCGACGACUGGUGCCGGCGAGGAUGCUGUUGCCGCUGCCGAGACGCGAUCUCGAAGAAAUCGCAGGCCCCGAGAAGCUGGUGCUCCUCAGCUGGACAACGGGCGCGCCGGCAGAUCCAAGCGAGAAAGGCAGCCGCACAGCCAUCGCGGUCAACCUGGCGCUGUCCAUUCGCAAGCACGCUCCUCACCUGGAGCGUCGUUUCGCUUACAUCUCCAUGGAUGCAGUGGCCCACAAGGUCAUGCAGGAGUACGGUUUCAACUCCGUGCUGUGCGAGGCGGGACCAUGCCGCUCCAAGGAUCUGAAAGAUGACAUCUGGAAGAUGCGAUGGUACUUGAUGCUCACGCUCACGGACUUUGGGCUGCGCGUGCUUGUGGUGGACGCUGACAUCGUCUUCUUGGGUGACCCGACAAAGGAAUUCUUCGGGGACGCUGACAUGGAGGUGAUGACCGACCACUUUUUCCCGGCGAAGCACCUUUGGGAGCCCUGGGUGCGCGUGGAGGACCACAUCAACACUGGUUUCGUGCUCGUCAAGCCGACUCGGGCAAUACGGUUUCUCAUUGCAGACUUUUUGGACGAGAAUUGGCUCUCCGAGCAGGGAGGUGUGCGACGCGACGGCAUGGAUCAACGCGUCUUUAACCACUUCAUCGUGCGGCGCAUGAACGCUGACAUCCCUUUAGUUGUGGGGCGCUACGAUGACAAGAUCUUCGGACGGCCACAAAGCAUUGUGCCUGCCUGGCCAUGGAGACAGGCUUCCAUUCGGAUCUUGGACCCAGCACGAAUCGCACACGGCAUGAACUUCUUCUGGCGCCGAGCGCACUUGCUUGACCCAAAGAUUGGUCAGCUCCCGGCUGUGGCGCAUGUCAAUGGCGCCGACCCGAAGGAGUAUUUCUUGCGUGACCGACAGGUUUGGUUCCUGGACGACUGGCACGAGCGGAUCAAUUCCUCCGUCCGGUUCCUCAUGUACGACCACCCCGGCGGCCAAAGCCUGCAGGGCGACUUUUCCGCCUUGUCUGCUGCCGUGGAGGUCGCGAAAAUGCUGAGGCGACGACUCGUGCUUCCCGACACCAUGAACUGCCGCAAUGCUCCAUCGUACCAUGCGUGGAGCCUGAACAUCACGGUGCAGGGUGAGACCGAGAGUGGGAACUGCACCUUCGAUUAUUUUUCCUGGGCAAAGAACCUUCUGGAUGCGCAUGUCGGCUUUGUGAUCGAGUCUGGUGUGCGGAAGACACCCGAGUUUCUGCAGCUCGUGGAGGACUCUUCGAUGAGUCUGCCACCAAUUUCAGCGUGGCCGCGCCGGGAACGCCAAGGCAAUACUGCAAAGUGGUUGCAGCAAGUGGCGCCCGAAGCAGUCGCAGUGGCUCAUGUGGCGGAGGACAUCUUGCAGGUGCGCGCUGCUCUGCGGCAAGCGCUUUAUGCGUCUGAAUGGGAUUCGAUGACCUGCAUCUUCCAGCAGUUCCCCCACCAGGUGAACGUUUGCCGCGACGAUCGAUUUGUGUCACGGUUUGGCAAGGGAGCACAGUGUGAUCCUGCGCCCGGGCAGGCGGCCUGUGGCUUUCAUGGCUUCAACUGCUGCAUGUCCUUCUGGGGUUACUCUGAGAAGUUGGAGAUCUUCACUGGCGCGCGCUGGGACCUGCCCUGCAACUGUGGCCUCGGGGAGAGCUGUGUCCAGACCAAAGAGCACAAGAUCGACCGGGAAGACCAACAGUACAUUCGGCAUUGCUGUGCACAUCAAUUGGAGCCGAAGCCGCAGGAGCAUUGCAUGUUGGUGCCGGAGCAGCAGCCAAUGACCAUCUAUGGUGACUCCCACUUCUACUCGUCCUAUCUGCUGAAUGACUUCAUUGACGGCCGCAUUGAUCCGGCACGUGCACUGCAGCGCUGCAGUGACCAUCGUGCUGGGACUCUCUUGGACUCGGACUCUUCCCGCGCUCUCCUGCACUGUGGCACGAUGAUCUCCGGCCUGUCGCUCUGGCGUGGCCGCUAUGACCGAGCUUUCAAGUGGCUCGAGCACAUCCACUGGGUGCGGCGGCGUCCCGGCAUGCCAAACCCUUUGUCCUGGGAGACUGGGCGACCUUCUAGCAGUGUCGCAGAGGGCGAUGUUGGAAGCGAGUGGAAGCUUCGGCACGACCUGGAGCAGUUCCGCCACCUGUCGAGGCAGCAGAGGCGCCAACAAGUCUCGCCAUACGCACCGCUUCUGUCGCCAGAGGCGGCAAGCGGUCUGGCGGAGGCGGCAUCCAAGCUGCUGCAGAUCUUCCGGUCUCAGGGCCCAGAGGGUGCGAAAGCAUCCCUGGAUGCCGAGCUCUCGGGGCUGAAGCCCUACCUGGACCGGGCCGUGCACCUGCCCCACCUGGACAAAGCCGAAGGUGGUGUCCUAAGUUCGAGUGUCGACUGGGGCUUGCUGGAAGAGACCUUCCAGAAGGAGGGAUUGGCUCACCUGGAUGCAGCCCUGUUGCCGAAGCCCUUGGCAGCUUUGGUGCAGCAUCUCCUUGAGGCCACCGUCUGGUACAGCCCACAGGCGGGUGGAUCUUACCUCAAGGCGAGUCUCUUUGACGGACUUCACGCCGAGAUACUGCUUCAACUGGCUGCGGAGCUCGCUGCUCGUUUGCCUGCAUCUCUGGGCCCACAUCGGCUCAGCAGCCUCUACGCCCACAAGUAUGACACGGAGUGGCCAGGGCAUCCGGGUCUGGGAACGCACAGCUUGCCCUGCUCAGUGGCUGUCGCAUUGUGGACGACUCCAGAUGCCGCAAACCUCCACAAAAAAGGUGGCGGCUUCGAGGUGUUCCGAGCCGCUGCUCAAGAAGGCAUGCCUCCCAGUGAGCGCUACAGCUGGACCCCGCAUCUCGAGGAAGAUCUGGCAAAGCAUAAGCUGAUCUCAGAGACGCAGUUUGCCUCUGCCCGGAUACCCUACAAGUCGAAUCGCUUGGUCAUGUGGCGCUGCGACCGAUUCUUUCGUACGGACUGGCAGCCGAAGUCUUGGCGUGGAGGUCUCAGGCAUCGCCGCACAGACCUUUGGCUGCUCUACGGGGAUGGGUAUGAGGCUUUUGCUGCUUUACACAUCAGUGACUUCACCGAACGCUUCGACUCCCAGCUGUUGCUUGUCGGAGAUGUUCGUCCCGCGCACGCCGUCGUUCCUGAAGACUGCGAUGGAGAUACUUUCGCCAGACGCUCCUCGAGCCAAACCGGGGAUGCCAAUCGGGGGGCUACUCCCAUGGAAGAUGGCCUUGUGGAAAGCGCUUUCCUUUGCAGCCGGGUAAGGACCGUCAUGAUCGCGUACCUUCUGGUUCUUCUCGGCCAGCUGGUGAUGUGCGCCAUAGAGCACGACGAGGAGCAACGGCAGCUGGCGGACUGGCAUGAAAUUCAGCAGAAGCUGCGCAAGGAGCUCUCACCAGCGACGUAUGCUCAGCUGGUGUCCAAGGGCUUCAGGGAGGUUGAACCGCGUGAUGCCGGCUGGGAUCUAGGCAUUGGGCACAGCAAGAGUUUGAUGUUCAGUUUCACAUUGGUGGCAUCCAUCGGCUACGGCAACAUGUAUCCUGCGACGGAUGCUGGAAGAGUAUUUUGCAUUCUCUUCACGUUGAUUGCGACGCCGGCUCUGGUGGUGGCCUAUCUUGGGGCAGCGAGGAAGAUGAUCGAUUUUACACGAGUAGUUGCGAUGCUCUUCAACAAGACGAACAUCCUCACUUUUCACAAAUACGACACGGAUGGCUCUGGACAGCUGGAUUCCGACGAAUUUGCCGCAGCUCUGCGGGAUCUGGGAUACCCCGUCGCAGACAACGAUGUGAGGAUGAUCAUGGAAGAGGUCAACAUUUGUGACACGACACUUGUAACAAUUCAAGAGUUCGGCCAAGCUUUGAUCUUGCUCGAGUUUCCUACGGCACGACAAGAGAAGCACCGCUUGAGUGCGAUGAUCAGCUUUACUGCGACUCUGACGUGGUUGCUGGUUGGUGCUCUGUGUUUCCAGGAGAUCGAGAGCUGGAGCUUUAUCGAGUCUCUGUGGUUCUGUUGGGAGACACUCAUGACCAUCGGCUUGGGUGACCUCGUGCCCCAGACAGUGCUGGGCCGAUGGCUGAACCUUGCGUACAGCUUCUUGGGCCUUGGAUUCAUUUCCGUUCUGCUCCAGAGCGUGGUGGACCUUCUGUCGAAGCACAGCUCCAUCAUCGGGAGGUUGGAAAUGCGGAUAUUGGAGGCGCAUGGCGGGCUCGGCUUCAACACCUUCUUUCAAGCACCUGAAGCUGCAGCAGAAGGUGGUGAGAAAGCGUGCGUGAGCGGCACGGCUGCAUUCAGCUCGGAGGAUGCUGACAGAUCGGACCAUGGUGCUGCUGACACUACGGCCGGUAAGCCGCGCAGUUUCGAGUCUGGCUACGACGCCUGUAGCAGUCUUUUGCAGGCAGGGGCGGCCAUCAACGUAUGCGCUUGUUUCCUGAAGUUUUGCAAGUCCUUUUUUUUGUUCAUGGUGGAGGCCGAGCGAUCCAUCGUCCUUAGCGGCAACAGCCCCAACCAGACAAACCGGUCGGAUGCUGGUCGCGAACAGGAUCCCAUCUCACCGUCGGAGGCUGCAAGCAUGCCAAGCCAGACGGAUGACUCCCUGGAAGCCUUGAUUCUGAAGGCUCUGAAGGAUGGCCUGCGGCUCGCAGAGCGCAACUUGGGCCUCAAUGGCUUGGCAUCUACGGGUGCUCCGCAGCAGAAGGACGUGGUCGUGCUACGUCGAGGUGCUGAAGCACUGCACAGCAUCCCGUCUGUAAUACGGGACCUCUGGGGGAGUCUCCGUCUCUUCGGAGCCUUUGCCCUCUCCGUCAAGAGCAAACUGGGCCGCGACUUCGGUGGGCGGCCCGGUAUCGGGGUUGCUGAUGGGCUCAGAGCUUCGGAUGGAAGGUUGGACAUUGUCCUUUCGCUGAACCAGCUGCUGGCAGCGACUCCCGACCUGCAGCCUUUGAUCCAACGAUGGCGCUGGAGGGUGGUCUCGGAGAACCCCCACCACGAGUUGAAUGCCGACGCCCCCCCUGAGACGCUCUCAGAAGUGGAAGAGCGGCUCUACAACCACUACCAAGCCAACUGGUUCCACACUGAAUCGGACAGCGGGCGGCUAAUAGAGGGGGACUCCUGGAAUGCCAAGCAGUAUUUCUGGUGGUUCGGUCUGGGUCGUAGAGACCUGGCCGAGCGCCUGGUUCACCUUGCCGUGGCUUCUCCAGCACCGGGAACACAGCACCAUCUUGCCGCUUCUUUGGCAACGGUCGUGGCAGCUCUAGGAGGUCUGCGCGUGGGUGGAUGCUUGAUCCUGCACAUGCCGCGACGCGGGCUAACGCUUGCCGGACUUGUGCAGCAUCUCUUCCAGCGUUCUGAGCUUGUGGCAGUCCCACGCGGCACUGGACAGUCAGAGGUUUUCGUGAUUGGUUGGCAGUUUCGUGGUGUGCAGCCGGCCCUGCUACAAGCCCUGAGUGGUGCCGUGAGCAAAGAGCUCACGUCCAAGCACACGGGGCUCGUGGACGCAGUUCUGGGCGAUCCAAAGCUACCAGGUAGGUUGGAGGCAUGGCAGCGACUCCUCGUGGAAGGGCCGUGGUCAGCAGCCAGGACGCCUGCGAAGCCACCGGUGCAACUCCACUUGCUUUGGGGCCACUGCCACGAGUCGCUCCUGCAAAGCCCGCCAGGUGCAAGUGGGACUGGCAUGCAGCAGCCCGGCUUCCAAGCCUUGGUUCAGCGACGGCGACGGCUUUGGAUGGAGGUACCUGCCGUGAAGCGAGCACGACGCGCCCCGUCGCCCUUUAAGGGCGGCCGAAGUUGGUGUCAGGGAUGGCGGCAGAUGAUGCGGAGCCGAGAAGCUGACCGCGUCCUGUUGCAGACCUUGGAAAUCUCUGCGGAAGCCGUGGUGACGGCGGCCAAGCUCUGGUGGAAGGAGAUACGGCUGCCACCUCCCUGGGCGUUCGUGCAUUCCUCCGUCGCCGAGCCCGAAAAGCUCCGUGCUGGAAUCUCCUCUCGCUUGGCAAGUGAAGAGCGCGGAGGUGCUCGAGUUGCUCGGCUCUCUGACGAAGCUCCGCCACUUCUGGCUGCCUUUGUUGAGCUCCUGUCUUCGUGGCUGCCGAAGCGGCUGGCAUCUGAAGGAGGUGGGACCCGUUGGACCGAGAAAUCGAGGCUUUUUGGAUACUUUCGAGCCUGCCCGGCCGAGCAGGUGAGGCACUGGCGUGCCAGCAAUGCUCCAUGGCUGCACUUCUGCUGGCUUCACUUCGAGUUCGAAGCAGAUCACCACGAGGCUCUGGGGCGCAUCUCUGCCGAGGUCUUGUUGUGA